AUGGAGGACCUCAAAACUGCAGUCAGAGAUGCAUUCAAUUCUGCAAAAGAAGGAAACUCUCAAAAAUCUGGCACUUGCAUCGCUUACAUUGAAGACAUCAGAAAUGUUAUCAACUCGACAAUUUCUACUUCUGAGCUAUCUCUUACUCGACCGAUCGUACUCGAUCCAGUCAAUGGAUUACUACAAACUGCGUGCCAUGCUCUGGCCAAUAACAUGGAAGUGGAUUGCAAUCAAGCUCUGGAAUUCAUCAAAAUGUAUAUUGAAAAGCUGGAAUUGGAAGUAGCGUUGUCAGCCGACCAUCUUCAGACCUACCUUUUGCGGGUUAUUAUAAAAGGCACCAAGUCAACUUCAAAAGUGAAGGCUGCUGAAGCUCUCAUGCCGCUCAUCGCGUUGUCAAACGAUUUGAAUCGUGAUGCCAAAGUGCGAGAGCUCUUCGACAAGCUUUUUCAGCACUUCAAACCAUUCAAGGCCUCAGAACCCAAGACAGUUGUUUCAUCUAUCGCCGAACUUUUGGGUGUGGUCAUUCAUUACUUUCCAAAGGAGGUGGACGCAAGAGUUGUUAGUGAGCUUCUUCAACUCCUAAAGUGGCACCUUGACCAAAACGAUGCCAAAGAUUCUUCUAUACUAUUGGCUGGUAUAUUUGGAUCCUUGUCACAUAUCUUGUUUUCAUUUCCAGACCUGGUUACAAACAAAUUCAAGAACGAAAUAUGGACUCUCGUGGAUGCAGAACUGAACAAGCCAAGGAAAAGCCAUGAACGACAGGCUAAUCUACGAUCUGCCUUGGACUUGCUUUCAAAUCAUGCGUCCAUAUUCUCAGAUGCUGCUUGCAAAGAGCUGGUCAAUGAACGACAUGAAGUUUUAGAUCGCAAGAAGAAAGCUGGGGCAUUAUUAGAACAAGUGAAAGGGGUUCUUGACUCAGUUGAAGAUUUCGAUGUCAAGCACUCUCAUGUUGAAGAGAAACUCUUCUCAAAAUGCGUUCAAGCACUCGGAACUCUACUUCCAGUCUUGAUAGCCUUUAAAUUCCGAACUAUCGAAUCCAUCACAUCAGGCAUAUUCCAAGAUAUUGCAAAAGUUGCGAAACGAACAUUGACAACAACAGACGAGCCAGCUGCCAACAUUCUCAUCCCUGGACUGCUCACAGGCUUCGCAACAGGCUAUAGAACACUACAAGGUGCCAUUCCAGACAAGGAACAAAAUAUCGAGCUUAUGAACGCUGUCGUCUCUCUCGUUUUGCAUAACUACCCAAGGGCCCACGAAAUAUACAAACAAUCCAUGUCUAUCUCUCUUCUUGGUUUCUUAUGGGCCUUAUAUGAAAAAGAUGAGUUGAGAUCCUUUUGGGCGUCCAAAGCAUACGACCUUGUAGUCUUGACAUGUAGUGACCCAACCUCUAGCGAUUCUAUUACUUUGAAUGCUCCAGAAUCUGGUCGUUCGUUAUACUUGCGACUAUGGAGUGCCCUCUUCAAAGGAGGCAAUGUACCAUUCCAAGUAGAUAGGAAACCUCACGAAGGCGACGAAGACUAUGGCAUUCGUAGCAAAGAGAUCAAUGGCACCUUUUACGAAUUAUUAUUCGACGAAGUCAUGAAUGUCAUUCUACGUAUUCCAGAGCAACUCGAUCUAUCAUUGCUUAAGUCUGAUGAAGAAGGAGGUGAAGGUUCUGCAGAAGUACCUGAAUCUGAUACCGUCGAGCAUCAGAUCGAUGCCUCAGAUCUCAGUCACUUGCAGGCAGUAAAUCAAAAAGACUAUUGCAUUCUCGUAAAUCUUGUCGAUUUCACAGAUUUACUAUUGCAAAACGUUGGCUCUACUCUAUUUGAAAAAUGGAUGUAUGUAGCUGCUGAGAGUUGGAUUGCGAUGUCAAGAAAGCAACACUCUCUUGUAUCUGGCUUCCAUCGGCUAUUCGGGUUAUGUCUUCGAAUGGCCAAAAAGUCAAACUUCUUCAAUAAUAUUCUCAAGGAUGGAUUGGAUGGUGAGCCUCAUAAUGGAACCGAAGAAGAAUUACGAAAUGAAGUAUCUAUCUCGCAACGUAAAUGCUAUAUUCUCUUUACACGUCAUAUUCAAGACUUGCUCGUAGAAAUGCAAACAUUCAAAGAUGAAUUGUUGGCAUCAUGUCUACGCGUCGUAUUAGAAGCUCCUCGAGAAUUGACUAGUGUCAUCGACUUUGCCCGGCCAUUACGUGUUUCUUUACGUUUUGGAUUAACGUACCAUCCAUUCGCCGAACUAGCUAUGGACGUCCUUGAAUCUUGGGUUGACACCAUGCCCAAUAGUGUCAUGCAACCUAUAUAUAAAGACUUAUUACCUUCCCUCAAUGAUUAUUUGACUUCUGAUGCUAUUGACAUACAAUUGGAUGCCGACAUUGUUGAUCGAAAGGGCAAAACCAAGCAUCUCGACAAGAAGAAGAAGCAACGUAUCGCUGCCAAGUUCAUUGAGAAGGCUGACGCUAAUAGUGCCGCUGUAUUCAAAACUCUACGAAUACGAGCUGUACGCUUGCUUGGUAAAACAGGCCGUGAUGCCAUAUUGAUGAUGGGCGAUCGUAUCGACACGUACAAGAAGGCAUUACGAUGGGAACGAGACCAGAAACUCAACUUUGACCUGCCAUAUCCUGAUGUCAAGCUUCCCAUUGUCUUUGAUGAUAUUCUGCCUCGAAUUCUUGAACUUGCCGAAGUCUCUUCGGAUCGAAAAACCAAGAUGGCAGCUUGUGAAUUGAUUCAUUCACUUGUUACAUUGAUGGUUGGCAAGACUGAUGCUAAGGCGGACAGAGGACAGUUUACUGUAUUAUGGUCGAAGGUCUUCCCAGUCAUGCUUAUACUCUCUGUUGAUGUCGAUACUACUGUCCGGGAAUUGAUUCGACCAUUCACGCUACAAAUUAUUCGAUGGCUCACCAAGUACAAGACCUCAGAUCGACCAGAGACCGAAUCUAUACUGAGUGCUUGUUUCGAUGCGCUGGCGUCAUCUGAUGGCCAGCGUCGAGAUUUCGCUGCAUCAGCUCUUGAAACAUUUUUUGAAUGGAGCAUAAAGCAUACUACAAGAGCUGGUGAUGACAUUGUCAAUGCCCAAACAUUGAUCGCUCGUAUGCACGACUUUUCAAAGGACUCGAAUCUUGCUAAACGUCUUGGAUCAGCUAUGCUCUUCAACCGAAUUCAUCGUCUUUUUGCCUCUGAGCAGAAUAAUUCUGGCGAUCACAAGUUGGUUGACACUUACGGAUUUGAGCUCUUGUAUUACCUCUUACAGAGUCUUAGGAUGUGUGAUUCUGACCCCAAUGGUGAAGCUUCCUCACGUCCGGUAAUCGAAGCCAUUGGUCACAUGAAAAAUAUCAUUCUCAAGUAUUUGCACGUACUGUCUGAAACAAGGGAUGAGCCUGAAGUCAGACGCUCUCUUCCUACACUUGAUGGUUCAACCAAUCUGGCUACUGUCGUGGAAUGGCUUUUCAGACAAGCUGGGAAUCCAGAGAUGAUUUACGCACAACAUUGUGUAAUGUUGUGGAGAAAACUUGUGCCGGCUUUGUCAAGAGGUGGUGCAUCUGAUUGGCUAACUGCACAGGUGAAUCAACAGCGUAGCUACUUGACCAAUAUAUUCGAGCCGGUAUCUAUUCGAAUGCCUUCAGAGCAAGAUACUCGACAUCGUGACUCAGUUGCUGCUUCAAUGCGGCAAUUGAUAUCAGCACUAUCUGGUUAUUCGUUCUUGAUGGUCAAUAAUCUACGGAGACCAACCGAUAUAUUAAAAAUACCCGGCUCUGUACUCCUCGUCGCCAUAGUAGAUUUCUUAAAGUAUGCUGCUAAAGUGACUGCAGACGAUACGGAUGAAAUAUUGCUUCGCUCUAUUGAUCGUGAACGAGCUCGAACGUUACGGGCGACAGGUGUCAUGAAAGUGUUUACUUUCAUUGCAGAACUGAUGAAAUCAAAUGAUCGAGAUAUCGUGCCGGGUAUCGGAAAUGUAAUUGAUAACCAAGAUUUCCAAAAUCUGGUCACAUACGCAAUCUUUGAUCCCUCUCGUAUUGGAUUGAACCCUGAAAGCACUCAGGUGCGAGACGGUCUGCCUCGUCUCCUCCACGAUCUCCUCACUGUACUACGACGGGUCGAACCUGUAUAUAAUCCGCUCAUUGAGAAAUUCCAAUCCCAAUACCAAUCUCGUCAGGGUUCAAUGAUUGAAAGCUUGGACUUUGCAUUUGCAUGUGCAAUUCUGCUUGGUUCCCAAAGUCUUGAAGCAGUUGUUGAGCCAACUACAUUUACAGAAUGGUGUCGGGACGUGCUGGAUGCCAUUGCAGUCGAAUGGAAUGAUGAACAACAUGUUGGAGAUUACAUGUUUUUCAAGGGGUUGGAGGGAUGGCUUGACAUCGUUUUGAAUGAUCAAGUUACUCUUAAAUUGUACUGUUCUCAGUUCUUGGGAUUCAAGAGACAGAGAGACUUUGAUUCUGUGUCAUUCAAAUUCAAAUUUCGCUCAUUCAUUUAUCAGCACAUGGUGCAGAACUGGGGCGCCAAGUACCAUGAUAUUCUGGCUACAUAUAUGGACAAUGAACAACUGCCAAUCCUGAUUUCUGAGCUCCUCGAGUUUGCCUUGGAGAAGAAGGAAGUGUUGGCUCCACACUUGUUGCAGCUCUGCAUCCAUUCGAACUUGUUUAAAGUGAUGUUGGAAGGUCCUCAAGCUGAUAAUUCUUCCCGGCUUCGGAAGAUCCUUGAAGAUUUGAUUGCCCUUCAUGUUGCUAUCAACGGUCGAGACGAUCGACAGCAACACAAGAUGUCGACCAUACUCGACUUUCUGAACACAAAGGGCGUAAAGAUGCUAGAAUAUGUUUUUAACGACAGGCUAGUAUUUGCUUCAAAUCUUGUUGGUCCUUUGCUCUUUUUGAAGGAACACAAUCCUGAGAUGGAUGCGUCUCUCCAAAAGUUCUGGACUCCAAUGACGUUUACAAAUGAUGAAGGCCUACGUAGCAGAGUCCAGAAGGUCGCUCACAACUUCUUGGAUGCUUUCGCAGGUACCCCUCGUCCUUCAAUCAUGAAGACGUUGUGGUUCUUGUUGGGAUCCUACACGUCCCAAGGCUAUGAAUAUGUUGAAAGCCACGAUUAUAGUAGACGCUUGAUUGCUGUCGUAACCACUAUCGCCAAAACAGCAGCAAGUGACGAGAUUAUUCUUGCUCUUGCUGAUACGGUUUUUGCCGCACUCGAAGUUGCAUUCAAUAAAGAGGACGAAAUGAAUGCUCUCAUGAACUACAUAAUUAAGAAUGCUGUAAGACAAUAUCUCAUUCCCAUACUGCAAACUGCAUCAGUAGAUAUAGUACGCUCCAUCUACACCAAACAUAUCAAGCUGAUCAUUCGCUUCUUUGGAGAGGAGGAGGAGCGAAGGCCCAUCGUCGAAAGCACCCGACUCACUCGUGCCAUUUGCUGCUUCAACUUGCUGCAAAUCAGUGCAGAACGAUUGAACAACAUAGAUCUGAACGAUGGUGGAUCGGUCGUCAUGGCAGCUUCUGAUGGUACCGAGCCGAUGGAUACUCGAAAGAAACUAUUCGGAAAGAAACUUAUACCUAAAGCACUAGAAGCCAGAGGUGCAAAAGGAACGCAUAAUAUUGGCAAUGACAAACUGGAACCACAGCGGCUGGAGUAUAGACAAGCUGCGUAUGCCUGGGUAUGUGCUUUCAUAGUACUUACUCAGAAGAGAGCAGAAGUCUAUCUCUCUUUCUUGUUUGAAAAAAAUAAUUUCAAAUGGGAAGACAUUAUUGAUGCGAAGGAGCCUCCUUCUAAGGACAAACUCAACUUGAAAGCUGAAUUGAAAGCUCCAUUUGUCCGAAAAAGGAUUGCUGAACUUUAUGAGACACCCAUUUCUUCUUCUCCAACACAAGGUAGUUGGAAUCGAUCUCGAUAUCUCAGCACCCAAUUUCUUCUAGGAUCUAGUCUGAAUGUAUCUCAGCCUGGGGUGCCCACCUCUACUUUGAAGAGCAUCAGGGCUAGUCAAGUGUCUCGGAGUCAGCUGGCCUCUUCGCAGGCUGCUGCUUCCCAGGCUGCUUCUCAAGCUGCAGCAUCUCAGGCCGCUUCUUCCCCAAAACUCAAAUCACAAGCUGCAUCUCAAGGUGUCCAAUUCGUCGAUGGCACGAGUAGCGAAGAUCAAGCAAUCGAAGAAGACGAAAUCGAUUUUGAUAUCUUUAAUCAACACCCGUGUAUGCGAGGCUUAAUUGCUGCGAUGCAAAAGCUCCAUCAGGAAGCUUUGACUCUUAGUGCUAAGGCUGAUUUUUCUCAGAGUCCGAGCCAGCCAGCUUCCGAUAGGAUGCCGGAUUGGAUGGCAAAGCUGUUGACUAGCCUGAAGGGAUCUCACUUGUAUAUCCAGCUAUUUAUUGGCAAGUUGGUCAUCAAUCUUCCAAGGGUCUUCCAACCAUUCUCCAAGUACUGGUGGGGGCCUUUGGUUGAACUUGUAACUCGAGCUGAUGAGUUCGGAGAAGGCUUCAACUACUACAUUCAGGACAUCUGCCUUACUCUUAUGUCUUGGAUGCCAAUGGAUACAGACCCCGACACACGCAACAAAGCAGACGCCUUGCUUCGAGAAGAAUGGCAAAAGGUUGAAGUGCUCUUUCACCACUUAUUGACCAACUUCAUGGAACAAUUGGUGAAGAUUAGUCCCAGUGAUAGGUCGACAGAUCUCAGGAAUACUGUCAGGAUUAUAGAACGCCUAUCAGACUUUUUUCGAGGUUCCUUUGAUCCGCCAUUGAAUGCCUUAAGUGAUCUAUUUAUGCACAAGCCUGAGCCAAAACUCCCGACUGCAGCAAAGACUCAGGCCGAGCCAGUGUUGAAAAAGACAAGGAUAGCUGGUGUUUUUCUGCUAUGUGCAUUUGCAGUAAAUUGUGGGAAGGCGUUUCUUGACCACGAUGACUUCCCUCGAGUCUUUACUGCUCUGAUGAGCGUCAGUAAUAAUGAAGACAGAACGAAAGGUUAUACGUCUCACUUGACUGCCGUGGCAGAAUGUGCAGGCAAGAUUCUCGCGUUAUCGGAGAAAAAUGGCAAAUACUUCAAGACCAUAUAUGAUGAGACACGAGCCCAGGUUGCGGAUCAACGCGAAGAUACCAAGCACCCAGAAGAUGCGGUAUACUUUUUGUAUGGAGUCACGCGAAGCUUCCCAGGAAUAUGUGAUAGGAAGGAUACUGUCUGGAUGAUGAGUAUAAAACGAUACAAUUCUUUCGUACCCGAAGUGAGAGCUAAGGUCCUCGAGGUCAUCAGUUGUACAGCAGAUAAGAUUGAGCACCUAUUUGAGGAACUCAAAGGCUUUGAUCUUCUCGCCAUCCUUCGUCGAGCUGACAACGAAUGUCAAUUAUGGGCGCUCACCGUAUUGAUGGUCGCGUUUAAAAGAACCGAUCCUCCACCAACAAUGUUACAAAUCAAGUUUUAUUUAGAGGACAUUGUGUCAAUAUUCCCUUCGCACCCAUCCGAACGCUGUCGCCUGUCGUAUUAUAGUUUGAUUAUGAAGCUGCGGGACAUAUUUGCUGACAAAAUCGACGAAGAGCCAAAAGAACUCUGUCGAUUCCUGACGUCAGUAUUGAUGAGAGGUCUAGCAGAUCCAUACGAAGUCGUGAAGACCCUUAUUGCUCAAACAUUUAAUACGUGGUUGCCAACUGAAACGGUCCCACGUUUGAAUGCCAUCUUCAGCUAUUACUCCUCAGCCACCGAAGACGUCUUCUUGAGUUUUGCAUCGCAUUUGCUAUUGAUGCCAAUCAAAACCACUCCUGAUUUCACCACUAAAGUCUUCACUGACGGUUUGGAUGAUGCAAACUUUGUAGUUCGAAAGAGACGCAGUAUUGAUACUCGUUGGACUAGCUCUGUCAUGAAGCCAUUGUUUGCUUCUCAAGAGGGUGACCACCGAGAUAAUAUGGAUGUCGACGAAAGACGAAAUCUUAUCAGAGCUACAAAUGCGUCAUUGGUUGAAUCAAUGAGCUUGCAGCAGAACACACCACUUCAGAUUAGAAAUUUCUUUUCUGUAGAUCCAACGAUAAACCCAACCUUGAAUAGUGGAUCUGCACGACUCUCUUCAACUUCUUAUAGUCAAAUCAGUAGAGCUCGUGAUCUAAUGUCACCACUUCGUAAACGUACUUUUGCGAGCACCAACGCCGGUACCGACUUUUUCGCUCGUAUUCAAGUACGUAAGAACAAGGCUAUAGAUCAAGCACUUCAACAGCAACGAGAAGCCCGUCGAACGGAAGUGUCUCUGGUCAGAGAAUAUCGCAUUGGUGAAUUGCCUGAUAUUCAGAUCAGCCAACAAGAGGUUAUCGAGCCCUUGAUGGUUCUAGUACAACGUGAUACAGAUACUUGCCAAAUCGUCCUGCCAGCACUGGCAACUGGAGUCUUGAAAAAAUUGUCUAAAAAUCCAGAAGCUGGCAAUUUCCCUGGAAUAUUCGACAAAGUCAUGGAACAAUCGCCUGGAGCAGUCUUUCCAUUUGCAAACUCGAUGCUCCGUGUCGCUCAGAGCUUGAAGCCAGAGAGUAUCAAGACUGAUCGAAUCUCUCAAUUGUCUAACGCAAGCUCGAAUCAGAUAUCUGGUGUCAUGAUCAUUGAGAAUGUUCUUUAUAGUAUCCAGAACUCUUCCAGCAAUCACAAACGUAACGCUGAUGAAGACACUCCUCGAGAGGCUGUUACUGCCAGCAUGUGGAAGCAGCUGGCUGAUUUAUACAAGUCACUCGAUUAUCAGGACAUUCAAAACGCUGUAUACGAGUCAUUCUUGACUGAUAUGCCCGCGCUGAAAUUUGGAGCAGCCAAAGAAGCUGAACAUGACUAUGAUGCUGCCUUGAAAAUUUAUCAGGAAGCAAGGGACGGUGCUGAAACGGCAGAGACAGCUCUCAAAAUGGGCAAUUUAAUGUUGGAAGUUAUGCAAAAGUUGGGUCAUUGGGAAUCAUGGAUCGUUAGUAUAGUACAUGUGGAGACUCCAGAUGACCCGAACAGCCACGUCGACCUGGAAGCUUUGUUUAAUGCAGAAACAGCAGAGUCCACCUUGCGCAGGUUUGUCAAGAGUGUCCUGCGACAAGAAAAGUAUCCCAGUCUCUUAAAGACAUUCGUUGAUGAGGUCCAAUCCGACGAUGCAAAGAUUCGAGUAGUACGGCAAGUUUGCCCGUAUGAAUGGUCAGUGUCUCUUCUCAAGGCAGGAUAUCAUGAUCAAUUCCGUCAGGCUGUCGUCGAACUAUAUAGUAAUUUUGUCGCAACGUUUCAAACUGUAAAUCCGUUGUCUUGGGAAGUGAGAGCCAAAGUACUCUCUCAUUUGCCGCAUAUAGUGGAUCUCGACGAAUAUGAGAAUCAGACUCGAAACCUGCCUCAAAAGUUGAAAAAUGGAAAAUUGGAAGCAUACUUGACUCAUCUUAACGAUCGUCUGCCGUCCACGUCGGAUGCUCUCGAAAUCUGGGAUGACCUGAUUACUUCCAGACUGGUUUGCUUGCAGGAUCUGACUGCUCGACUGGACAAUUUGAUGCUGACAGACGAAGUCGACACCAUACCUGAACUCAUUAAAGACAAGAUGGAUGAAUGUCGAUUGACUUUUGGUCAUGUGGCCAGACUCAAUCAUCGAGGCAAUUGGGCAACGUCGAAUCUCAAAACAGUAGUUAGAGGUGAUCGUAAGCUUGCUGCUAUGGCACAUUACGAAUCAGCCGAAUACUAUUGGGGUCUUACGGUUAUGGGGCAGGAAGACCGUGAUCACAGCAUUCCUUACGCCGACCUUUACGGCAGGAUUUGCAGUGAUAUGCUUGGAGCAUCGCUGGCACCAGAAACUGGAGGCCAAUGUAUUCAAAAUCUACUUGGUUCCUAUGGCUUCAGCGUAUUAUUUCCUGGUGCUCACUCCCAAGAUGGGGUCAUAAAUGCUCUGAUUAAGAGUUCUUAUACCGCUCUCGUUGGAUCGGACGAAAAGAUGCCUACUGAUGCAAAAGAAUUGCUUCGUGUCGCUGAAUUUUGUAAUCGAAUUCUUCAGCAAGAGAAUCUGGAUCCAGAUGCCGUCAAGAUGGAGAAAUAUGCAGCUGUUUUGACCGAAAGUGUGAUGAGAGUCAUGGCUAAAGGUGACAAUUCACUCUCUCACUUCCUACCUCUGGCAUUGAGACUUGCUGAGAAGUAUCCAACUGUUCGAGAAACCUUUUCAAGAUUUGCAUCGGAGCCACCUAGCUGGGUAUAUUUGCGAUGGUUGCCUCAGCUAUCAGCUUUGAUGGAUCAUGAACUCUUGGCUUCUGUUGUGUUUCCAGUGCUUGAUGCUGUCGCCAAUGACUAUCCUUCUGCUGCCAUCCACAGUCUCACCAUAAGUGGUCAGCAACUCUUCUCCUACAAAGCCGACAAUUAUCCAAACAAGGUCAAAUUCGACCAGAUCAAGGCCAAGGCACAGUCUCAAACCAUGAAAACAUUUGUUGUGGAACUCAAAAGAUUGGGGGAACCUUAUGUGCUACUGAGUGAUUGGAAAAAUCAUGUUAAGACAAUCUUGAGCUCUAAAGAUUUCAACAAGGGAUCCGCCGCCAAGCUCGCUAUCGCAGAGAUUCGAGAAGUUCUUCUUGAGGGAGGUGGAGACAGAGUCCAGGCAUUUGCUCGACUCAUCAGAAACGAUGUUGAAGCGCUCAUUGGCAAAGGUGCAACAGGACGAGCCAAAGGAGACAUACCAUUGCUGAAAAUGACUGAGAAGGAGUUUGAGAAAAAGAUGAAUGAAUUGUUGACUAAUAAAAAAGUCGAGGCUCUGUCACCCAAAAAUUCCGAAUAUGCAUUUUCCAAAAGACUUGCUGACUAUUCCAAGUGGAUGGCAAAUUAUCCUGGAUCUGAUAAUUCCUCUGUAAAACUUGAAAUACCUGGUCAAUAUGAUACAAACAGAAGACCAUACCCCUGGAAUCAUUCCUUCAUCCAGUCAUUCAAACCUGAAGUCUCUGUAAUGUCGUCUCUCAGGAAGCCAAAAAGGUUGGAUAUGAUUGGAAGCGAUGAAAAAGUUCACAUGUGGCUGGUCAAGGGUGGAGAAGAUAUACGUGUUGACCAACGAAUUCAACAAAUGUUUGGUCUAAUGAAUGAUAUCAUGUCAAAGGAUCCUCAUUGUGCGCGAGAUCGAUUGCAUCUUACUACUUACAAGGUCAUCCCAAUGACUCAGAAUCUCGGUAUCAUUGAAUGGGUCAGCAACAGCAUGCCUCUCGCGGUGUGUCUGAAUACAAAUGCUGAAUAUGUUAACGAUUACCACAAGUCAAACACAGCAUAUACCAAAUCCUUGCCAAGGGCCUUGCAAAAGGAUACAGUAAAGGAUAUUUAUGAACGACAUGCUAAAAAAUCCCGAGAUGAAGUAGUCAAUUCGUUCGUCGCAAUAUCGAAAAUGAUUAGAAAACCCUACCUUCGUAUCUUCCUCCAAGAGUUGUGCUUGACUCCCGAAGCAUUUAUAUUGUUACGAAACGAGUUUGCAAACAGUCUUGCAGCUCUAAACAUUUGCAUGUACUUAUUGGGUAUUGGCGACAGACACUUGGAAAACUAUUUGGUGGAUCUCAAGAGUGGUCGAUUGGUUGCUAUUGACUUUGGCCAUGCUUUCGGAUCCGCUACAGAAUUCUUGCCAGUACCUGAAUUGAUUCCAUUCCGUCAUACCACUGUAUUCGAAGAAGUCUUGUCUCCGUUGGGUUCGCAAGGCUUGUUGCAUACUCCAAUGACUCGAGUCAUGACUGCAAUGAGAGACUCGAAAGAAAUAUUAUUGAAUGCCAUGGACAUCUUUGUGAAGGAGCCAUUGCUUGAAUGGCAAGAAAGAGCACGAGUAGGGUCUGUCAAGCAAAAGAAGGGUGAAGAGUAUGGUGAAGAUAAGGAUCCAGCAGUCUGGUUUCCUAAAAAGAAGCUCGAUAUUGCACGUCAGAAACUUGAAGGUGUCAAUCCCGCUGUGGUGAUGAGCCAAGAAUUGCCUGCGAGUCAAAAACAGUGGGAGACGACGCUCAAAGGAGAUCCAGGCUGGAAUAUUCGAGCUCGAGUUGGUCGUAAGUGUACCACUGUCCGAGAACAAGUUCUCUGUUUGAUGGAUCAAGCCUCUGAUCCUCACAUCAAGGGGAAAAUGUGGUCAGGAUGGAGUAGUUGGAUUUGA